AUGAUAUCUCGUUUAACAAAUUCAUUGCCACUUUCUCCUGCAGAAGCUAAAAUUCUCCUUUAUGUGAAUAAGUGGGACAUUGAUAUAAUCACUAUUAAAUUCAGUGAGAAUUCUCAAAAGCUCUUCAUAGAUUGUUAUUUGCGCGCUGAAUCAUGUUCAUCAAAAAGGACAAUGUUAUGUGCGGUUUGUUGUCGCAGAUUCAGAGAGGUUAAUGAACUUAUUGGACUCAACUGUGGUCAUAAUUUUUGCAAAGUUUGUUGGCAGUGCCAUUUCAAUACACAGUUGUCCCUUGGCAUUUCUACAAGAAUUAGUUGUAUGGCGAACUGUUGCAAGGUUUAUUGCCCAGAAGCAUUCGUUUUGGAUAUAAUGCGUGAUGAUGUUGAAUUCCGGGCUAAAUAUGAACAGCUUUUGUUUAAGGAUUACGUUGAUUCUAAUCCUUUCCUAAGAUUUUGUCCAGGAAUAGGCUGUACAAGAGUUAUAUUUUCGAAAGAAAUUAAGCCAAAGGCUGUCACAUGUGUCUCUUGUCACAUUACAUUUUGUUUUAUUUGUGGUAAGGAUUAUCAUGCUCCAACUUCUUGUGAAACUAUACGUAAAUGGCUAAUCAAAUGUGCAGAUGAUAGUGAGACGGCCAAUUAUAUUAAUGCUCAUACUAAGGAUUGUCCAAACUGCCACACGUGUAUUGAGAAAAAUGGUGGAUGUAAUCAUAUGCAAUGUACCAAAUGCAAACAUCACUUUUGUUGGAUGUGUUUUGGUGAUUGGAAAACUCACGGUAGUGAAUAUUAUGAAUGCAGUCGAUACAAAGAAGAUCCAAGUGUGGCACAAGAAGCGAAGCAUCUAAAAGCUAGAAAAGCUCUGGAAAAAUAUCUUCAUUAUUUCGAGCGCUAUGAAAAUCAUAACCAGUCAUUGAAACUAGAAGAGAAAUUGCGACUUCAUAUAAAAGAUAAAAUUACUCGUAAAGUUCAAAUCCGAGAAGGAAGUUGGAUUGAUUGGCAACAUUUACAUAGGGCUGUUACAUUGCUAACAAAAUGCCGUUAUACUCUAAAGUACACUUAUCCAUUUGCGUAUUAUUUGGAAAAUGGACCGAGGAAAGCGCUUGCAAGUUUUAAUGGAUUACUGUUUGAAUAUCAGCAAGCACAGUUAGAAAAAGAAGUCGAAGAAUUGUCCUGGAAAGUUGAACGUGCUGAAAAUACAGAUAGGGCUGAUCUGGAAAGUCAAAUGCAUACAGCUGAGAGCAAGAGACGAACUCUUCUAUGCGAUUUCUUUCGUUAG